AUGCAAUUUACGCGAAAACCCGAUGAUGUGGCGUAUGAUGUAUUAACUACACGUUUGGUUGAUGAUAAAGAAAACAAGCUGGUUGAUGAAAAGGGCCAAAAAAUUGAAACAUUGCCAUCAUAUAUUGAUGCAGCAAAUUGGACGAAACGGAGUCAAUUGUUUCGUGAAAUCGUCAAUGCUGUUGUAUUACCAGCUUGGAUGGUCUAA